UGUGACUAAUUUCGAGAAUCAUGCUAAACCUAAAAUACAGAAAAUGUUAGAGAGCAAAGACACAAAAUUGAUCCUCAAAAUUGAAGAGAUUAAUGAGAAGAAUUCUGUGGCUAAAUUUCAGUUCUGUGUUCAGGAUAUUGAGAAUGCCAAAGGCUUGCUUUUUUACAAAAUUAAGCGUUACAGAGAUGACGAUGAUUACGUAACUGUCUAUACCUCUGAACAUAUAAAGAACCUCAGGUUCGAUGAAAGCAAAUGGGAUGAAUUCGAAAUUCAGCUGACUCUUCUUUGUAACGGAGAUGAAUAUAAACCUCUAAGAUUCGAAGUCUUUGAAGCAUUGAAGAAGAAAUAAAAGCAAACUUCUUGGAGCUUGUGACUUCUCCUUAUGGGAUAUCAACACUGAUAAGAAAAUGGAGCAUCGUCUCCAAUUUGACAAAAAUGUUAUUGGCAUGGUCAAAUGUCUCAAGUGUCAUGUUGACACUAAAUUUACCUUCCUUGAUUACAUUUUUGGAGGAUGUGACAUUGAAGUAGUAAUUGCAAUUGAUUUUACCUUGACUAAUAAAGAAAUCAAUGAUCCUGAAAGUCUCCAUCAUAUUCCCAGUGACGAUCAUGCAGAUUAUUAUAUUGACAUUGAAGGAAACAAGAUUAAAGCUAAAUAAUCAGUACUAUAAGGCAAUCAAAAAGAUAUGAGAAAUUGUUAGUUAUUAUGAUAGCGACAGUGUAAUUCCUGUAUUUGGAUUUGGAGCAAAGCUCCCUCCCUAUUUUAACUCAGUCUCUCACUGAUUUGCACUAAAUGGGAAUAUGUUCGAUCCUGAGAUCGACGGAGUAGAUGAGAUCUGCAGGUAUUACAAAAAGAUGAUAAAAUAAAAUUAAGUUCCAUGGGCCUAGUGCUAUGGCCCCUCUUAUAAGAUUCGUUACAGAAAUGACAAGUUUCCAGAAAAUUGACAAGACUCAUCAACAUUAUACAAUCCUCCUAGUUUUCACCAAUGGGAAAUUAUCUGAUUUACAGAGUACAAUUGACGAGGUUGUUCUCGCUGCUAAAACUCCUCUUAGCAUAAUCUUCAUAGGUGUAGGAAAGCAUAAGCAGAGUUUCAAGACUCUAGUAAAGUUAGAUGCUGAUAAAAGAGACCUACACUCCUCCACAGGCGAGAAGAGUUCCAGAGAUAUAGUCCAAUUUGUGGACUACUGUAAGCACAAAUAACAAUUAUGCGAAUCUUGUCAAAGAGACUUUGAAGGAAAUCCCGAAGCAAUUUAUAGAAUUUAUGGAAACUAAUGGAAUUCUCCCCCUCGAUCAUAAACAAAAGAACCAAAACAAGCUUAAAUUCGAAACUCUGGAAAGAAUGAAGGAGCAGGAAGAAACCCAAUCUAAAGAAGGAGGCAAUGUCUUUUUCAAGCAUCUAGAGAAUAAGUUCAUCAAUGAAUGACUGAGUCUGGGCUUUGAGGAAGAAAAUGUAGUCAAGCUUGCUCAAGAAGGAGUCAUGAGCUUAGAUAUCAACUUUGCAUUCGAGUUCUUGAGUAUACAACAAGAGAUGAAUAAAAAGAAAAAGAUUAAACAUAAAAAGAUCAAGCAGCAAGGAAAAGAUGGUGGAAACGAAGAUGCAUGGAAUGUAGAAAGUGAAGAAGGAACUAAAUAG